ACUCUGGAGAGGAGACACAACAGAGGGCUGGCCUCCAAUCAACACCAGCUGUAACCUUCACCAAACAGAGUGUUAAUAUUUUCUAAUAAACAUUCAAAACUGUUGUGUUAUUUUAUCUACCCGUAACAUAAUGAGCUACAAUGUACUAAUGCUGCAAAAUAUUAGUGAUGAAGAGGACCUUCAUUACACACGUAUGCAUGUAUGCAUGCAUGCCCGCCCACCCGCUCCGGUCCACAUGCAUGGUGACCUUAAAUUGGAAGAUCUUUAAACAGAGUUUGGUCUCUACAUUAAUGAAAGCCAACUGAACAUAAGAUGAGUUAUUUAUAUUCACACAACACUGUAGAAACAUGUGAACAACAUGUAUUUGAUGUGGUGGUUGUAUUUUGUGUAACUGUUCAAAUUAAGUACAUUUCAGACUUGUACUAUGGUAGGGUCGAGAGAAGGUCAGUAAAUAUAGAAAUAUGUACACAGAGACACACACACACACACACACAGUCACACACGCAGACACACACAGGCACACAGACACACACUUUAUAUUCACACACACAGAUACACACAAACAAAUACACAGAAACACACACACUCUCACACUUCAUAUCAGAGUAUCAGGGGGCGGGAUCAGCCCUUAGCGACCAAUAGAAACGGACGUGGAGCGUUACCAGGGAAACGGCAUACAGGACUGGGAGACGUUGGGACGCAGUCAUGCUAACACGCUAAAUAGCUCGCUAGCUUCCAGUUGAAGAACCAACUGCUGUUAUUAAAUAUUUAAAACGAUGGUCCGUCCGCGUCACACAUUAACAGUUUAAAGCGCGAGCUUUGGUCCCGCUGCGCGCGCACACAGCCUCUUCUCUGUCCGUUUGUCUGUUAGCUGUUAGCAUGUAGCAUGGCAGCAGCGGUGUCCGGAGGCUAACGAAGCUAACAAGGCAGCCAGUGAUUAGCUUGUCGCGCUAAUCUGAAUAUUGUCCGGAUAAUCAGCCCGUUAGCAGGGAGCUAACUGCCGGGUGUAGCACGGGAUGGAUGUGAGUUAACAGUCUGACCCGGGUCUGUGAGACGAGCGGAGCCGGGCCGUGCCGAGCCGAGCGGGGUCAGGAGGCCCGUUAAACAGGAUGGAUGUCUGCAGUAAGAACCCGAACCGCACGGCGCCGCUCAGUGCCGACGGCGCCCAGCGAGCCGAUGUGCCGCUCUGCUCUCGAACCAACGGCUGGAGCUGGCCGCCUCACCCCUUCCAGCUGCUCGCCUGGCUGCUCUACGUCUACUUCGCCGUCACCGGCUUUGGCGUGUUCGUGCCGCUGCUGCCUGCUCACUGGAUCCCUGCCGGCUACAUCUGCACCGGCGUCCUGUUCGUCGGCCACCUGUGUGUGCACGUGAUGGCCGUGUCUAUCGACCCGGCCGACUACAACGUCAGAACCAGGAGCCACAAAGGUCCGGUGCCCGAGUUCGACCGCUCCAAACACGCUCACGUCAUCGAGAACUGCCACUGCUACCUCUGCCAGGUGGACGUCGGUCCCAAGUCGAAGCACUGCAGCGCCUGUAACAAGUGUGUCUCUGACUUCGACCAUCACUGCCGCUGGCUCAACAACUGUGUGGGCAGCAGGAACUACAGGCUGUUCCUCCACAGCGUGCUCUCUGCUCUGCUCGGCGUCUGUCUCCUUCUGGUCCUUUCCUUCUACGUCUUCAUCGAGUUCUUUCUGGACCCGUCCAAACUCCGCACUGACAAACACUUCCUGGUGAGGAACGAUACUGUGUGGCUGGUCUUCUUGCCGCUGGCUCCGGUCCGAUCGGCAGCGCCGGUGAUUCCCGCCCUGGCUGCCGUCACCAUGGCUCUGGCUCUCAUGUCCUUGGUGCUGCUCUGCCAUCUGCUCUGCUUCCACAUCUACCUGAUGUGGAACAGACUCAGCACCUUUGAGUACAUUGUGCGACAGCGUCACCGUCAGGACGGCAGAGACUCGAGGAACCCAGGAUCAGUGAAGGAGACCGGGCCGCCCACUACACCUCGUCAAGGACGGGAACUACUCCGAGACUCUGGGUUACACCAACUCUCAGCUGGACCUGGAGGAACGUACCACUGUGGCUGUGCGGGGGGAGGCAGAAAAAAGAAGAAGAAGGUUCGUAAAGUUCCAGCAGAGGUUAGCAGAGAGCACUGCCCAAGCUCAGCACCUCCCCCCGAGACUGGCACUGUGUCCCUGGCUCAGAGACUACCUUUCCCAGCAUUCCCUCUGAGGGUGACCCUGCCCCCCCUGGCCCCCCCCUCAGCCCCCAUCCAGGCCGCCGCCCCCCCCGCCGAGUACCACUCGGACUCAGCCGAAUCCCUGGAGGAGAUCCCCGUGGCGUUGGCCAAACUGGGCUCGUCCUCAGCCGCCGCUAACGGAGACGCCUCCACAUCUUCCACGGCGUUCCCCCCCCACUCCCCUGCACAGAGAGCCGCCGUGGCGUUCCCCCCCCCCCAGCCCAGGACUAAGAGGAAGGCCGCCUUCUCCUCCCGCGCUAACAUGAGCGCUAACAGGAACGCUAACAGGAACGCCGCUGAGCUGCGGUUUGAGAUGGCGUCCACUCAGAACCCCGUGGUGUUCGUCAGCCGGGCCAGCGCCGAGGAAGGCCUCGGCCCGGGCCGGAGGCAGGCCGGGACCAGGCCUGGGUCCCGGGGGUUGCUGGGCUCUGACCUCUGACCUCUGACCUAGGGCUGGGCGAUGUGGAGUAAAUCAGAUAUCACGAUAUAUUCUUGACCAAAUGCCUCGAUAUCGAUAUCGAGGCGAU